GCUUCAUGUUCAGACGCGGCUUUCGGCCAUGUUGUGGUUUUAAAUGAGGAAGAAGCGGGAGAGGUUAUCGUGCAAAAUAAGUUUUUUCAUUCACAGUAUUUCUUACGGCUCUCGACUCAGUUAAAAAACAACAACAACCACAAUUACUGACACACGCAGAAGACUGUUUCGAGGUAGUUGAGACAGACGAAAUAUAUCGGUUCGUCACUUCUCGCUAGUAUUAGCAUUGUAAGCUAACUAGCUAGUUAGCUAGGUAGUUGUCGAGAGGUUAAGCUUGGCUUAGGUUAGCUAGCUAGCUAGCUCGCGAGGUGCGUUUACUGGAAAUGGGGAUUAGGCUAGUCAGCUAACAAAGCUAGUUAGCAUUUGGUAACUCUGCCUACUAGCAUGCGCGCGACGGGCGGGAGUUACACGAAUGCAGGAGUUCAUAGACGUUAAAUAUAUUUGACUUGUGUGGCUUGAGGAGUUUCUUCUAACGAGCUUCAACAUGUUCAAUAAAUUCUACGAAUGGCUCGGAAGUGGAAUAGCAACUCUUCGCGACGGAGUGCCGGCUGCUGAAGAUCCGUCCGACGCCGUCCGAGUUCAACAAGACGCUCCUUCACAGAGGAAAAGACCGUUAGAGAGUUUUGAAGAUGGGGGUACCAUGAAUCAUGAAGAGGACAGAGCUGUGAAGAAGUUUAGAAUGGGAGAUAUUAUGGACACAAUGAAGAAUGCUGCUGAAGGAAUGAAGACCCAUGGCUCCAGUGUUGCUUUGUGGAUGCGCAACAGCGUUAGUCCAACAUUGAGGAACAUGCUACCUGCUUCUCCUGGCCCACCUCAAACUCAAAUGCUAUCAUCUGAUGCGGCUAAUUUAUCAGGAUCUGUGUGGACUAAAAACAAGUUGUUUGAAAGACUACACGAAACGCACAAGGACACAUUUAUUGCUCCCGCAACAGCUUUUGAAUGGAAGACCAUGGUUAAAUCAGACUCCUUACGAACUGAGCAGUCCGUGACUAUAUUGAAGGCCAGCAAACGGCACAGACAUGCAAGCUUUCCACCCCAUGAGACGCACAAAACCAACGGCCACACAGUCACUACCUGCACCUCUAAACCUUGCCCGUCCCCGCGACUCGGCCGUCCUCUUUACGUCAGACCGCAGAGGUCACCGAGUCGAUUUUUGACUCCUGGGCCAAGCACGGGGAACGCAUCUUACACCAGCAUGUAUGAGAAAACCUUUCCCAUUCGAGUAGUGCAGAAUCCUUCCUCUGGCUCCUCCAGCCGUCACUGGAGAGGCAGAACUCAUUGCACAGCACAAGAGUCAGUACGUGAGGAGGAGAAGGAGGUGUACAGGCAGUUAUUAGCCAUGGUGUCUGGCGGCCAGUCGUCGUUCUUUCAUGACAGCACUCCUAACCCAGGGAUCCGGUCACAUCGGGAUUUUUCCAGUUUCCUGACAUCGAGUCGCAGGUUGCUGCAUUGCGCAUCGCCAGCAGGCUCAGGAGCGGGAGAGUCCUCUCUCGGUUUAUCCAGCCUGUCUCCUAGUCCGCAGACCUCAAGCGCAAUGCACAGCCCUUGUGCGCUCUCCAACGGGCCUGAAACCCAGUCCUGGGAUCCUGGUUCUGAUGGCAAAUACGCCGCAAGAAAAACGGCAUUGGCCGAGCGGUCUGUGCCCUCACCGGCGGCUCUUCAAGAUACUACUUCUCAGGACACGCAAUCUUCUGGUGUGCACUCGGCUCAUGAUGGGGAUUCUGUCAUUUUUGUAAAGGAGCAACAUGGCAAGAGACCAGAGGGCUCCAGCAUGCCAUGUUUCCAAGCUGAGUUGUGGAUCAAAGAACUGACAAGCCUUUAUGACGCUCGAGCUCGGGAGAGACGGAGGCUAAUCGAGGAGCAAGAGGCUCUGGCGUCUCAGCUUCUGCGUCAGCGUCUUUCCGGUGAGGCUAGAGCCGAUUUAAGAAGUGUGGAGUUGCGGGUGCGGGUUCCUCUGGAAAAGGAGGUUCCUGUGACCCUCGUCAUUGAGGAACCAGAGCCUGAAGCAGAGGAACAGGAAUUCCCCGAGUUGACCGAGGCCAUGGAAAAUGAGGUGAGCCAGGCACUAAGAGGAAAUCAGGACGAUGUGCUCAGUGAGGGAUUCCGCCUCACCAUCACCAGGAAGGACCUGCAGACCCUCAACAACCUCAACUGGCUCAACGAUGAGGUGAUAAACUUCUACAUGAACAUGCUGGUGGAGCGGAGCAAGUCGCCCCACCUACCCUCUGUUUACACCUUCAACACGUUUUUCUUUCCCAAGCUGCGCAGCUCGGGAUACUCAACCGUACGGCGCUGGACCAAGAAGGUGGACAUCUUCUCUGUGGACAUUAUUCUGGUGCCUGUCCACCUAGGAGUGCACUGGUGUCUCUCUGUAGUGGAUUUCCGCAAAAAGACCAUCACGUAUUUUGAUUCCAUGGGUGGGAGCAAUGACGAAGCAUGUCGGAUUUUGCUAAAAUAUUUGAAGCAAGAAAGUGAAGACAAAAAGAAGCAAGACUUUGAUACCUCAGGCUGGAUACUUCGUAGUAAAAAACGCAACGAGAUUCCUCAGCAAAUGAAUGGCAGUGACUGUGGGAUGUUUACAUGCAAGUACGCUGAAUAUAUCACCAAAGACAAACCGAUCACAUUUACACAGAAGCACAUGCCGUAUUUCAGGAGGCGGAUGGUAUGGGAGAUCUUGAACCGGAAACUUCUGCGAUAAGUUCAUGUUUUGAGGACUUGCCUGGGAAAGCAAUGACAUGAAGCUCUAUCUCAGUGGGUUUUUUUAUUUUGUUUUGGUUUUUUUUGUUGUUUUUUUUUUUGGUUUUGGUUUUUUUUUUUUUAAAUUGAGCUUGAUACCUCAUAUUGGACACUUCAGUGAGAGACUGACAUGGAAGGGGUGCGUUCACACUUCUUCAGCUGGUGUCCCAUUUUGCUGAUGCUCAGCCCGCUUGAAUUUGUAAGGAUGCCUACGAAGGGACCCCACGAAGUCCAAGUGUUUUUCUCCUAAUAAUUCAGUCGUGCUUUUUGCUUAGAAUUUUUCUGCAGCAUGAUUUCUAUCUGAGUUUUUGGUGGUUGUCUUUUGUUUUUUGUUUUGUUUUUUUUUCCCCUGCCAGUGCCAUCUAUGAGGAACUUGCUGCGUCAACUGUUGAGUUGAGUUGACGGAAUUGAGAUAGAAGUUUUCACUUUUUAUCUGAAGUCAUAAUUGUUAAUGUAUUAAGUUUAUUAUAAUUUUUUUGCAUCAAAACAAAAAAGUAACUUGUCUGACCCUGACAGAAGCAGCGUGGGACCAACAGCUGUUUGCUUUCAAACAGUAAGCAAGCUAAAUCUGACAAUCUCAAUUUUUGUUAACUAAGCAAACGAACAUUCAAGAGAACACUAUAUUUUUGAUGUCAAGAAGAUUUUUAUUGCAAAAGAGCCGAAUUGCAUUUGGCUCGUUUCUGCAGAGGUCUGGUUUACAGCAGUUAUGACUUCAGUCUGAUUUCUUUCUUUUUUUUUUAGGGAGGUUCAUUCAGCUGAGGCUCCACAUGGAUAGCCAAGAAACACUUUCUGAUGGUUGUUAUCGCUGCAGGAUGAGACGAGUGGCAAAUCAGAUCAGCACCAUUUAUCUGUAGAAAGGUCAGUGUAGGGUGACUUUACCUGUAAAUAGAACCAGCAGUAUAGCAUCCUCCUGUUUUAUACCGACCUCAGAGGAUGAGGAUAUUUGCCUCUCUUUAUGUAAGUGUACUAUAUUUAGAUACUUGCAGCCAUUUCUAGUUUUGUCUCCACUAUAUUUGCAAUUAUUGUACAUACUGUGUCUACACAGAUUAAUUGAAGUCAUAUUUAAUACAUUUUUGUACCUUUUUAUUAUUGUUUUGUAUGUAGAUCUGGUCUUUCCAGAAAUAAAAAAAAACCUGAGGCUGUGUCCUGGAUUGA